GGAUGAUACCCGUUAUUGGGAAAUAUUAGGUCAUGAUGACUGGCACUUAAUCAGAGGCGAAAGAAAAAAAAGCUUUGUGUUAUUAGUGAUCUAAGUUUUAAGUAUUAUUUUUUUCAAUGUUUUUCUGAAACACUAUUGAAUAUAUAGUUGAAAUGAGAAUUUACAGCUGCAGCUUUUGUGUGCAUGUGUGUGCUCACACUACCAUAACGUCAACUAAAUGCAUACAGCGUAACGGUAGCUUGAGAGUAAAAUGUCAUUUGUGGCCAUACUUCCACUGCUGUAGUUUAUUUGGAUUGUAUGCUUUAUUAAGAUGUCAGUGAUUGGCUAGGCGCACACCUCUGCGUUAAAAUACAACAUAAAAAUGUCCAUCGAUGUAAUUACACUAGGAGUCGCCAUGCUAAAUGCUAAUGGACAGCAAAACCGGGCUAAUAGUUGCCAAUGAUUUAACGUCAAGAGGGAACGCCGUUACGUCGGAAAAGCAGGAGCCGGUGACACAACCGCAGCAAGUUUAGCCCUCUCGAAGAUCCAAUUUUCACCUCGUCGACACAGGAAACAAUGAUCGUAAUAACAGCAAUAAGGCGAGAGUUGUCAAGUUACCUUGAGAGUACUUGUCACUGUCAACUGUGGAGGGCUUAGCUAAACGUGCGGUCCCGCACACAUUACUGUACACGGCCGCGGAGAGACAUUCGUAUUAAAAGCCAAAUAAUCCCGAGGUAAGCAGCCGAGGAGAGGCCGAAAAGCCGCCGAUUGUCGGCGUUUCUCUCUCAUUUUCCAUCGCUUCGUUCCUUUUGACGCUAGCAAAGUGUCGUCGAAAUGAGCAAACAUCUUAACAUUUGGAGGCUCCCUUAAGGUCCAGUCAGCGCAAGGAUUUUUUCCCCCCGCUCUCCUCCUUCGGUAUAAAGUCGCCAUUUUGCUUCACUGCCUCUAUAAACCAUCCGGUAUUCCAAUAUUUUUCCUCAAGGAGUCAAGGAUUUUGCUGUCUUUUCUCUCUAUUUUUGGAGUGUUUAACGACAAGCUUGGAGCGGUGCCUUUGUGGUAUAUACUGUACAUAUUAAUGCAGCAAAGCAAGAGGGGCACGGUCUGGCUAAAGUGCCCUAGAUUGUUUUGUUCAUUUUUUCAGGGCUUUUUUUCGUGAAUUGUGGACAAGACAACAGUGUUUCCUCCGUCACCAGUUGUUGACAUGCAGCGAGGCGGGAUUGCAAUGUAACAAAACAUUGGCGGAUAAACGCCCAGUCACUGGACCCCUUCCUCGAUCACCUGGCUGACCUGGGGCCAGCCGGCCCUGAACACUGGCUGACCGGCCAACACUUCAGGCAUGGAAAGCCCCAGUGGCACCAGGCUUGGGAAGCUGUCUAUAUCAGGGCUGCCAAGGGGCCAGACCUCUAAGCAUGGACAUACCCAGGAGCCUGUUAGAACUGUGCCAUGCCCUGAAAACAACAACAAACACACUCCUGUUUUUGAUGAAGCAGCAGAGGGGAAGAGAAAGGGUCGUCCUAAAGCAGAAGAGCAGGAACUGAGAAGCAUCCCUCCCCACAUGAUGGUACAGUGGAAGGAAGAGUUUAAGCGUCGCUCCAGAGUUAAGUGUCCAUGUUCAGGAUGCUGGUUAGAGUUUCCCAGCAUCUAUGGCGUAAAGUACCACUAUCAACGCUGCCAGGGGACCACGGUGACUGAGAAGCAGAGUCAUGGCUGUCCCUAUUGUGAGGCAGCGUUUGCAACAAAGGUUCGCCUGCAUAAGCACAAGCUCUGGAACCAUCCAAACAGGGUUACUUUGGAGUCUAAAGAUGAACAGCUUAAGCUCCAGAAGACUGCUGUCAAGUUCAGCAGUGUCAAAAGGCCCCUGGGAAACAGCCCCUCAUCUCCAAUGUUCUUCAAAGUGAAAAAAACCCUGGAGGUAUCUACACCAUCUCACAAUGGAGAGCUGACCCACCAGAGGAGUGAGAGGAAACAGUACAGCCAACCUUCACUCCAGAGUCACCACUCUCAGUCAGUCCAACCUCAGUUUGAGCAUUCUCAAAGCACAUCAUCUGAUGCAGGAGGAAGUGAAAGCGAAGGUGGCAGCUUUCCGCCAACUUAUGCCGAUGAAGACCCAGAACGAAUGAAACACCGGCGGAAGCAGAAAACACCCAAGAAAUUCACUGGAGAGCAGCCUUCAAUUUCUGGAACCUUUGGAUUGAAAGGUAUGACUAAAGUGGAGGAGAAGCUGAAGGCAAGCCGUGUGAAAAGGCCAGAGGGGAGUAGUUUCAGUGAGGACCCUCACAGACGACCAACUGCAAAUCAGUCAUCUAAUAAACGUACAGCCACAACAAGUUCAGGGACUGUUUCUGAUGUUCAGUGGCAGAAAGCCAUCUCAGAGAGAGGCGAAGUGGUGUGUCCCACCUGCUCCAUCGUGACUCGGAAAACAAUCCAUGGCUUGAAGAAACACCUGGAGAUUUGCCAGAAGCUCCAAGAGGCCCUGAAAUGCCAACAGUGCCACAAACAGUUCAGAUCCAAGGCAGGACUUAACUAUCACACCAUGGCAGAACACAACUCCAAGCCCUCAUGGCGUGAAGGCCAGAUGGAGGACGAGCAUGAGGAGAGAGAACGACUACGGCGAAUACUCAAACAGAUGGGAAAAAUCAAAUGUCCAAGCGAGGGCUGUUCAGCUCACUUCUCCAGUCUAAUGGGCUACCAGUACCACCAGAAGCGUUGCGGACGUGAGAUCUCUGAUGAUGAGAAACCCGUAUUUCUGUGCCAGCACUGUGGAAAAACAUAUCGCUCGAAGGUUGGCAGGGACUACCAUGUACGCACUGAACAUUCCUCAACCAUCACUGCGAUUAUGUCAGCCACCUGCAAGAGCAAAGACAGUAGCACUGAUACAAACAACAACACUGGUAAAGAGAGGGUAGCCUCUGAUAUGUCAUCAGGAGGGAAGAGGGAGCAAAACCAGCCCGAGUGGUACCAAAAAGCACUAGUGGCUCAAGAGAAAGACAAAGUUAAAAAUGAGGGCAUUCAAGGAAAGGUCCGAGCCAAGGAAAAGGUUGUGCAGAAUGAAAGCCUGGCAGAGGAUUUUGAACGGACCCCUAGUGGCAGAGUGAGGCGCCGCUCAGCUCAGGUGGCAGUCUUUCACCUGCAGGAAAUUGCAGAGGAUGAGCUCGCCAAAGACUGGGGCACCAAGCGUCGCAUCAAGGAUGACUUGGUGCCUGACAGCAAAAGGUUGAACUACACCCGCCCUGGCCUUCCUAGCUUCAGCAGGGAGCUACUAGAGACCUGGAAGAACCAAGUCAAGGAAAAUGGCUUCAUCUGCUGCACCAAUGAGAACUGUGAUGCUGUCUAUUCCAGUGUGUCUGGACUAAAAGCCCACCUUGCCAACUGUAGCCAGGGUGGUGGAGGACUGGCAAAGUACACAUGCCUGAUCUGUCAGAAGGAGUUUAACUCAGAGAGUGGUGUCAAGUACCACAUCAGCAAGACACACUCACAGAACUGGUUCCGUGCAACAGACAGUGAAGGCAUCUCCAGCAGCAUGACUAAACCUCUGGAGGACAACGGCAUUAAAGCAGAUGUGAGGAAUAGUGCCACCACUGGUAAGAAGCGGGGCCGCAAGCCCAAAGAGCGCUCCCCUGUGGUUGUUGCUCUUGAAACACAAACUCAACCGCCAACCACAACAAAUGAAGACUCGGUCCCCGACAUGACCCCGUUGUCUGACUCAACACAGUCCCCCACACAAAACUCAGAUUUUACGGACAUUGUGGACCCAGACCUGAAGCGACAGCCCAAUGCCUCCACUGCACGAAGAAGCAAGCUAAACAGGCCACCGUUGUCUGAAUAACAUGAAGGAAUCCCAGAGAACGGCUGCUCAAAAUGUUGUUGAACCUGACAAGAACAUAGCGCGAAGAAAACAACUCAGUCGGCUGUUAAAAAGUUUAAAGUACAAAGUAACAUGGCUGCCUUUCUAAGUAGUACCCAUGUAACAGUAGUGUUUUCCAUUCCAUUCAAGGUACCCGUUUCAGUUCCCUCUCUCGGCAGGAGCUUCACAAAAUCAGUGACUUCCACAUAGAUAACCUUUUCUCAAGAAGUCAUGUUUACUGUAAGUGGAGGGCAUUUCUCUUGAAUUCUCUGUUAGCUUAGUCACGUAAUUAUGCUUGUGUAGACUGUACUCUGUACAUAAACAAUAUCUGUAUACAACUAUAUACUCUAAGCAAUUAUGCCAUCGUUAUCUCAUAUCUAAAAACCCUUGUGGAUUAUCUGUAGUCACAAUGUUUUCUCUGAUGUUUUCAUUUUUUUCCUUUUUUGUCAUUUUGUACUUUCACUUUUCACAAUUAGGCUCAAUUAAUGGUCAGUUUUUAACCAUAUUUCACUUUUUUGUCUUGUAUCGCUUGGAAAGUGUAUUGCUUUUAAAUCCAUAAUCAAGGGCAAAAAACAUGAUUUACAAAUUGUUAAACACUGACUUUAGGAAAUAGGGAUUGUUUUCUUCCGUCAAUGUCAACAUACGUCAGAGAAAAAGCUUGAAAUAUUAUGACUAUGACUAUUUUAAGUCUAGAAUAGCUGAGCUAAUUGUUUGCCAGAAGGAUGAAUUUUAGUGGCGCUUGUUGCACUGUUGCAGCACAAUCAAAUGAGGUAAAUACCUUUUUUUAAAAAAAAAAAAAAGAAGAAGAGGCCAUAUUUUGGCUAUUGCUUUAUCUUGAAUCAAAGUGAUGAGAAGAGAAUGAAAAUAUUAUCUUUUGUAGUGGUUUAAGAGUGAUCUUUUAUGAAAUAGCAUCAUUGCAAAUGAGGAUUUGCAUAUACUGUAUAUGAACUCACACCUGAUGUUCAAAAAUAAUGCAUUGCACUUUAACCCUCAUCAUUGACCUCUUGUGAUUUUGCACUCCAGGAUACUUUAAUCUCACCAUGGCUAGUGGCUCUCAGACACAGUAACAAAUACACUUUUAGAUUCUAUUUAUGAAUAAUGGAUAUGCUUUCAUGUCAGCAUCAUAAUCCAGCAUGAACAUACAGUUUUAAAGGGGAAUUUUGCCCAUCAUUCACAAUCCUUAUGUGAGAAAACCAGUUAAUAUGAGCUAGCUAGCAACGGGUUUCAUAGGAAAUGCCUAUUUUGACUAAAGCCCGCACAAAAAAAACACCAACAGUGUUCCAUUUACAAAACGGACUUGUAUAUUAACCCAGCUGCUGCAAUAUUAUUAUUGUAGCAGCUAACAUGAAAAACUAUUUUUAUCUUGUGGACUAACACGACGCGUUGGUAAUCGCAAGUCUCAGCAUUUUUGACCUGAGGACUGGAGCACACGUCUUGUGCUGGAAGACACAGCCAUCCCAAGGAGAGCGGACGUGUUGUUUCUGUAUCUAUGCUGUUGUUGUUCACAGACCUAGCGCGUGUAUCUACUAGUGUGUGUACCAAUGUGCCGAGAAAAUUCUUUUGGUAUUGUUUUCAGUAAUCCAAAUAGGGCAAGAUACUGCAACUAUUCCAUGUCAUCAUCAUGUACAUGUUAAAUGCAUGAUGCAUGUUGGAGAGUUGUUGUUUUUUUAGUCGAAAUAGGUGUAUCCCAAUGACAGCACUGUAAGCUAGCUCAUAUUAACUUGUUUUCUUGUGUUAUGAUGCACAGAAAAGGGAACAUGUUCAUCUUUCACAUAAGGAUUGGGAAUGAUGGACAAUAUUCGCCCCCCAAAAAGUGCAGUUCCCCUUUAACUGACCACACAAAGGCAGAACUGCCACCUCUUUGACGUUUUUGAUUACCUUUUAAGAAAUAUGAAUCCGAUAUUGUCAAAUGACUUUUAAAAAGUGGGCAAUCAGAGAGAGCAGUAGAACAGAUACUUGAAUCCACUGUUGUAUUAAUGACUUGAGCAAAUGAAAAGUUUGCAAAAAUUCCCUUCCCAACAAUAAUAGACAAAAUAAAUCAUGUCAAAUCAAAAACAUCCGCCAAACCACCUCAUCAUGACUGCUCCAGAAUUUGCACCAACAAAUGUUAGAUGUCAUCACUUCCAUCAAGCUGAGAUGUCAACAUUUUGAUGAAUAGCAUAAUCAGAAAUUCGUUACUUCCGAAAUGACACUCAUGACCAUUUCGUAGUGUAAAGCUAAGAUGUGACAUCUUGGUUUCCAUUCAGAAUCAACUAACAGGAUGUAUUCAGGUGGGGAUGAUUAUGCAUGUGUCCGUCUCUGUUAAUGGGAUUGACCUCCUCCUUCUGUCCAGCUUUAGCUGGUGAAGAUUUAUUAGACAAGCACUGAUCCCAUUUCCAUAUGAAUAGUCCACAACGUGAGCGUGUGUGUUUUAACAUUUAGCACCUUUGUAAUCAUUGGAAAUCAGAGUUUGUGACACUUUUCGUCAAGUGUUAUGAAGUGGCACAUAAUCAUCGGCUUGUUACUCAUGUUAACGCCCCUUUUACCCAGCAAGCUUUGGUGUUGCAAUAUGAUAGUUUAGCACUGCUUUUAUCACACCCUUUACAGAAUUUUCUGUCUUCCUAUGAUAUGGAAAACACAUAUCUAUCCCGCAGUGUGUGCAAACUGCAACAGUUUAGAGAGUAAAGCAAUACACCAUGUUUAGCUAAUUUUGUCUGCUUGCUGAUAUUUUAAUAUUGGUGUGUGUUCUCUAAAUCGUAUGGCUUUUUUUCAACACUGAUUUAUUGCUUGUUUGUUCUGCAAGUAUGUUUUACAUAUAACAUUUAAAAUAUAUAUGUUUGUAGACCACAAAUAUCCUUAUGUGUCUGCAUACACUGUUUUCUUUUGUCCUUUUUGAUGACGCACAUAAGCAAGUUUUUUCAGUACACAAUAACAUAGGGAUUGUCCUUCAUUCUGACUUAAUCAAUAUGGGACAAGGCAUAUGUAUAUGUGUUUGUUUCUAUAUUUAGUGCACUUACUAUACCAUGAAAUAGGCUUGAAGUAGGAGUGUUGUUGGACUUUUCUAGUGAUCUGGACUGUGUGUGGUGUGACUUUUAUAAGUGCGGAGGCAGCAGACUCAAGUCUCUUCCCUUUAUUGUUACCUAAAAUCGAGGUUUGUUCGUUAUAAUCCAUUCGAGGGGAACUGCACUAUUUGGGGAAUUUUGCCCAUCAUUCACAAUCCUUCUGUCAAACAUGAACAUACAAUUCUUUCAUAUAAGGAUUGGGAAUGAUGGGCAAAAUUCGCCCCAAAAUUGUGCAUUUCCCCUUUAAGACUGCCUCAGAAUUUGAUCCAUUCAUUUGGCUUGUAUGCUACCUACUUGAAAAUUCAAAUUGAAUAUCUUUUGCAGGUACCAUCACAUUUUAUGAGAUUGUUAAAUAUUGUGUGGUAGUUGACCAAGCAAACUGACUAAAUGAGACUAAUGAUGUCUAUAUCUAAAAUACACAGAGGACCCCCCCCCCACCCCCGAGUCUGAACUGUUACACUUUUCUCCCAAAUUUAUUGUAUGAAUUUGUGCAUUACUCCCUCAAUUACUAAAUAAUAAAGUUUGUUGGGGAAAAAAAUGUGUCAAAUUGAAUUGUGGUAUUGUGAUAUUUGAUGUGUUAAUAUAUCACAGUAUGCAUGUUGUAAUAAACAUAAUGUGGAAA